AGUUUCAUGUACAUGGUAAGUGCGCUCCAAAUAGGGAAGUUGAUAAAGUUUGAGUCAUAAACUGCGAAAUGAAUUACGAACAUUGUAUUGUUUACUUUUAACUUUGGACUUGCUUGAGUGCUUUUUAUAUCAUCAUUAUCUGGAAUAACAACCGGAAAUCAAAUCAACUUUUGUCAAGUACAAAUGUAAUGAUGGGUAGCUGAAAAUCAAAGAAAAAGCCUACUGUGGAUUAUGUAGUAAAAAGUUUAUACACAUCCGUUUUGACCCAGCCUAAAAUAUUUCCGGAUUAGUGUGAUUUAUUUCUAUAUUCAAAACCAUCAACAAAAUGGCUAUGGAUGGUUCUUGGGAAUUAAAUAUAAAUGUGACUGACUUGGCUGUAGAACGGACCCUGAGGGUGACUGGUGACCUUCACAUGGGAGGUGUUAUGGUGAAGUUAGUUGAAGCUUUAGAUAUUGCUAUGGACUGGUCAGAUCAUGCCCUCUGGUGGCCAGAUAAAAAUGUGUGGUUAUCCAGGCCUCGUACAACAUUAGAUCAGUACGGAGUAGGGGCUGAUGCACGCCUUUUGUUCACACCUAUGCACAAAGUACUGAAAGUACAAAUCCCAGAUUUACAAAUCCUCGAGCUGAGAAUGGACUUUUCAUGUAAAGUUUUCUCCGCUGUGGUUCAGCUCUGUAAAGAAUUAGGUAUAAGACAUUCAGAAGAAAUGUCUGUAAUGAAAUAUAUGGAUAAGGAUGAUUUAAAAAAGAAUAUUAAGGAGAAUUUAAACCAUAAGAAAAAGAAACAGGGAUCAACAGAAAACCUGGGUGUAAAUGGCAAUGGAGUACAGUAUCAUUCUCCUUCAGGGAGCAUGGAAAGACUGAGUCCAUUCAGUAGAAGUCCUGCGGGACCCUCACCUACAAAUACUAUAGGAAGAACACCAGGAUAUAAUGCUAAUUAUACUGCUAAUUCAGUUUCACCUUACAAUACAUUAAAUGCAAAUGGAACAUUAUCCCCAGGAUCUAUGUACAGUUUAUCGUUUGAAAGUGUCAUGGAAAAUGCCCUGGCAAAUAGUCCACAGAUCAGUGUCAAGGACGCUGCACAGUACUUACAAAAACCAAAAAAUCUGAUUGAAAAAGCAAGACAAAACUAUGCAUGGUUAGACUCAUCCAAAUCGCUGAUGGAACAGGGUGUGAGAGAAAAUGAAUUUGUUGUCGUCAAGUUUAAAUACUUCUCAUUCUAUGACCUGAAUCCUAAGUAUGAUGGUGUCAGAAUUAACCAGAUAUAUGAACAAGCCAAGUGGUCACUGCUGUCAGAAGAUGUAGAUUGUACAGAUGAAGAAAUGAUGAUGUUUGCAGCUUUUCAGCUACAGGUCCAGAUGCAGGCAGGACAGCCACAGCCUAGUGAAUCCAUGAUGGAUUCAUCUACGAUGUCCAAUCAUCUACCAAAUGAUGACAUUGAUGCUGAUUUAACAAAUUUAGAGGAAUCAUUAGACAGUACAGUGUUAUCAUCAGCGGGAGAUAUUACCUCCAUUCCCGAACUCAGUGGAAAUGUCAGAUAUUUUAAACCAAAGAAAUUAACAUUGAAGAGUUAUAAAAAAGCAUUUUGUAGAUGUAAGGAUACUCACAUAGCCUUCUAUAAAACAGAGGAAGAUUCUAACGGCACACCUGCCAUGAAAGUCAAUAUAAAAGGAUGUGAAGCCCAUCCAGAUCUUAACCUGGCAUCUCAGAAAUAUGGAAUUAAAUUAUUUGUUCCUGGUUCAGACGGCAUGUCAGAAAUAUGGCUGAGGUUCGACAGUGAGGAACAAUACUGCAAGUGGAUGGCAGCUUGUAAACUAGCAUCUCAGGGGAAGACGAUGGCUGACAGUUCGUAUGUUACAGAAGUAGAAUCUAUAAAGACGUUACUAAGUCGACAACAGCCGUCACAGUCGCCAGCUCCAGUACAAUUACAGUUUGAUGUCAACGUCAAUGCUGAAGACUUUGUCGCACCUCGAUACCAUAAAAGGAUAAAAAAUAAAACUUUAGUACAAAGAAUAAUGGAAGCUCAUUCAAAUGUACAGAAUUUAAAUUUAAUUGAGUCCAAGAUGGCGUACAUAAAAGCAUGGCAAGCUUUACCAGACUUUGGUAUUACUUAUUUUGUUAUUAAACAAAAGAACAGUAAAAAAGAAGAAAUACUUGGUGUAGCAUACAACCGUAUUAUGAGAGUAGACAUGAAUUCUGGUGAUGUAGUAAAAACGUGGAGAUACAAUACUUUAAAAUCAUGGCGGGUUAACUGGGAAAUACGACACGUAGUUCUUGAGUUUGAGGAAGAAACAUUAAACUUUUCAACACAAAGUGCUAGCUGUAAGACAGUUCAUGAAUUUAUUGGUGGUUAUAUAUUCCUUUCUAUGAGAUCCUCAGACAAAAAUCAGACAUUAAACGAAGAAUUAUUCUUAAAAUUAACAGGAGGAUGGAACUGAAAGUAAAAAUUUUAAAUGUUUGACCUUAGUGCCUCAGUUGAAGGUCGUUCAGCCAUAUUGGAAAAAUGCAGGGCAUUCAGGAAAAGGAAAGGACUUGCUAAGUUAGGUCUGGAAGUUUUAAAUUUUGACAAUAAAAUUAUUAAAAUGACUAUAUAAGAUAUAAAUCAUUAUUCACUAUUUAUCAUACAAACAAUCACAUCAAAUGUGUAAAAGAUUUUUGAUAUUGCAUGCAGCUGUAGAGAGGAGUUUAUAGACGGUACCGUUGUGAUGUUUGUUAGCUGAAUUUGGAAUGAAAAUAUUUUACAGAUUGUCAGGAAAUUAUUAAUUUGUGUAUCAUUGUUCUAAUUAUACAUCCUGUGUUGUGGUCUGAUAUUGACAGAUAGGAUCAGCUAUUUGAAUUUUAUGUCAAGGUCAAGGAUGGAUUUUUGUUAAAACCAGGCAUUGCAAUUGCCAAAAAAUGUCAUAAAAACUACCAUAUAUAAAUUAAUAAAAAUUAUUGACGAAAAAAAAAAAUCAGAAUUGUUCUCCAAACAAAUUGUUUUAUUAACUUUUUUUUGUGAAAAUGUUUUAAUUUAUUAAUCUUGUUUCUUUAACGAUUAAUGUUUUUGGUAGUCAAAACUUUGCAGUAUAUUCUCUUGUAAAAAAAGACAACUGAGCCAAAUAUUUUUCUGCAGUGUCUGUACAUUCAUUCUUGAAGAUAUUCAUUAAAGAGUAAAAAUAUUUUUGUUUUUAUUUAUCUGCUGCUGGUCCAUUGCUGGAGCCUUUACCCAACCAGGAAGUAAUAAUUUGAACAUUGAUACACAACCUACAGAUGUCCUUGAUGACUACAGAUUUAAAUGUUGUACUGUGAUAGAAGUUAAAUUGUAAAACAUGUUCCUUAUACUAUACCAUAGAUAAAUACCAUAAAUAUUUUAUAUAAUUUUGUUCUUAUGUUUGACUUGUGUUUGGCCUUUUUUCUCUAAGUUUUGGUUUCUAAAUUUCAAUGUUUAGCAACAAUAGUUUUUCAAAUUUUAUCCAGAAAAACAACAUAUUCACACUAUAAACAACUUCACAAAUUGUUCUGUGAAAUCGUUUACAGUAUGAAUAAAAUAAUAUCUACAAUAAUAUUACAAAUUAUCUCCCUUUUUAAAAUAUUAUGGGAAAACAACUUUCAUACUAUUUUAAUAAAAUUGGUUCUACACAGGUCUGUUUUUAUCAAUAUAUUAUACACUUAUCAACAAUGAAUUAAUUUUUAAGUGCAAAAUGAUGUACACAUCAACACUGCAUUUUUUCGUCAAUUUAAAAUAAAUAUGAAUUUCACAUAACUAUCUCUGAAAAUUCUAUAACUAAACAUCUGCAGGGUUAAUGUGUUUAUUGGGUAUGAGGAAUUUAGUAAAUGUUUGGCAGAAAAUAAUAAAUUCUGGAAAUGCCUCUCUUUCAACUCAAAAAUGACAUUUCUCAUUCUAUUUACAAGCUAGCGCUGUUAUCUCAAGCACAAGAUAGUGUAGCUUUUUUUUAAAGCUAAUUCUAAGAUGUUAGUUGACUAUACAAAUAACAUGUACUCUUUGAGAGAUGCUGUCCUACUGACAUUUUAUCAUGGUAUAAACAUUAAAUGUUUGUUAUUGUUGAAUAUUUAUUUAUUUUUGUUUAAUGUAUUCAUUUGACAAAUUUGCGGUUGCAAAUAUCAUACAUGUUAUUUCUUUUAUAAGUUACCAUAGUAACCAUAGUUGCAUAACUUAGAAAUAAUUGAAAUUUUAAGGGAGAGUUAUUGAAAGGUCUAAGGUCUACUCAAAGGGGUUGGUAACUGUAAUAAAACAUGAACCAAAUAACCUAUAAAAACUUUUCAAAAUUAAAACCACUGUUUUCUUUAUCAUCAGAUUUUGUUUUAUUUAAAUAUACAUUUCAAAAAUACCAAAUGGUGAUUACAUAAAAUGAAACCAAACGUAUAUGGAUGUAUAUUGUUAUUUGGUGUUUCAACCAAGGAUUUAGUGUUAGCUCAAACGCAUUGCCCUUCCUCAAUUUGUGGCCAUAAAAGUAAUACAAAUUAAAGCUGAUUCAAAAAAAUUAGAAAGGAUUCUUGGAAAGUAAAUAAUUAAUUUUGACUUAAAGCAUCAGUGGAUUUUGUGACACCAUUGGUGAAAUCAUUAGUUUAUCUAGCUUAAUUUACUAAACAUUUCUAGUUUUUGAUAAUCAGGAAUCAGUCAUACCUUUAAUGGUGUUCAAGUUUUUAACAUAUCUAUCAAUAAAAGUACCAUUUUUCACCCAAAUUAAUUGCAAAAUUUGUACAGAGUACUACAAUAAGAAAUAAACUGAAAACUUGCAUCCGAAACAUAUAAUCAGAGUUCAUGAUAAGUUGUGUUGAAAGUAGACACCUAUCAACAUUUUAUCACAUGUAAUGGAAAUGGGUUUAGUAUUAAAUAUUUUACUAUAUGUUUGGUUCAAUGAUCAGCGGAAACAAGCUAUCUAAGGACCAAGUUAUUUCAGUAAAUAGAGUUGAGUAUUUAACAGAUGAAUUUGAACUCUUCUGUAGUUUCAGAACAUUUGUAAUAAAAGGUCAGGGUCAACAUGUUUGGCUUUCUUAGUUACUUAACAAAUAGUUGAAAGAAAUAAUCCAGUAGACGUUAAACCAGAUAUCUUCAGGAAUGGACCACAAAACAUUAAAUAUAAUAUCUCGAUAUUUUCAGGAAUGGGCUAGAAAUGUUGAUGGGUGUAUUUUAUGGGGGGUUAUUUUGUAUAUAUCAGCAUUAUAUAUAAAGUAUACAGACCUGUAUGUUCAUUAUCAUAUAAAACUUUUAUACAUUUUAUGUUCAGAUCUCAUUAUAGCUUUUUUACUUCUGAUCAAUUAUUGUUCAUGCACUGUAUGUAGCAGAACUUCCUAAUGGCUUAAUUUGUCUACCUUCAUUAUGCAUUUACAUUCAGUUGAUUGAAUACAAAUAAAAUAUUAUGACAUUGAA